CGCGUGGGAAAGGCGGGGCUACGCUCUCUGACGUCAUCAUCGGUGCGCCGCGAGACGACACUAGCAAGACCCGGAAAGGUCAUUUAGGGUUCCGAGGCCGGCGCGCGCUCCCUGGGCGCCGGGGUCGCGGCGCAUGCGCUGAGCUGCCUGAGCCGAGCCGUGGGCAUCCGUGCGGCCGACAGAUUCGCGCUCGGGGUUCGGCGCGGUCGCCGAGAUGUGGUGCCGGCUCGGCUCUCGGUUCCUGCGGCCGUUCCCUCCCCGGCAGCGCGAGGAGGCCCGAGGCGCGCUGCGUGUGCCCGCCCCGGCGCUGGCCGCUCGGCCCUCCUCUCUGCCCGUGUGGGCGCUGGCGGCCGUGUCGGGCGCGGGGCCGGGCGGCGCGGGCGGCUGGUACGAGGCCCUGGCCGCGUCGGCGCCCGUGCUGGGCGCGGAGGACGUGCUGCUCCGCGCGCACGCCGCCAGCGGCCUGCCCUGGUGGGGCAGCAUCCUCGUCACCACCGCGGCCCUGCGCGGGGCCGUCACCCUGCCCCUGGCCGCCUACCAGCACUACAUCCUGGCCAAGGUGGAAAAUUUGCAGCCAGAAAUAAAAAACAUUGCUAGGCACCUUAACCAAGAAGUUGCAGUUCGUGCAAAUCAGUUGGGAUGGUCCAAAAAUGUUGCCCGGCUCACUUACCUAAAGAAUAUGCGGAGACUUGUUGCAGAGCUGUAUGUUCGGGAUAACUGCCACCCUUUUAAAGCUACUGUAUUGGUCUGGAUUCAGCUUCCGAUGUGGGUCUUCAUAUCUGUUGCUCUCCGGAAUUUUAGCACAGGAGCAGCACAUUUAGAAGGUUUAUCUGUUCAGGAGCAGUUGGCGAGUGGUGGAGUCUUGUGGUUUCCUGACCUCACUGCUUUGGAUUCUACUUGGAUUCUGCCUAUCUCUGUUGGUGUCAUCAAUUUGUUAAUAGUGGAGAUUUUUGCUUUGCAGAAAAUGAGAAUGUCUCGUUUUCAGUUGUAUAUCACACACUUUCUUCGUGCAAUAUCAGUGUUGAUGAUUCCAAUUGCUGCAACAGUACCUUCGUCGAUUGUUCUCUACUGGUUAUGCUCCAGCUUCAUGGGCCUUUCACAGAACCUGCUGCUGCGUUCUCCUAGGUUUCGACAGCUUUGCCGAAUACCGCGGACUCAGUCAGAUUCAGUUACUCCUUAUAAGGACCUCAUUACUGCCUUUUAUGCCAAAUUCAUUUCAAGAAAAUGACUUAUCUUCCAUCUAAAACAUAACCGUCACUGUCACCUCCAUGUAUUUUAGAAGAUUUAGAAAUUCAGAAUCACCUAAAAAGAUUUGUUUAAAAUCUUGAGCUCUGUGGAAUCAUGAAGAACUGUAUUAAGAUAUAGUCCAGAUAUAUUUGAAAAUGCUAAAAAUCUUGACUGGAGAGAUAGUAUACAAACUAAGGUUAUUUGUCAUGCAUGCAGCUGGCCCCAACACCAAAUAUGUUCCCCUGAGCACUGCUAGAUGUGGCUCAAAAACCAAAAGGAAAAUAUUUUAAAUUUUGGGCUAGAAAGAUGCCCUACAGGUAGGUAGGGUGUUUGACUUGCACAUGGCCAACCCGGGUUGAUCCCUGGUGCCCGUAUGUUCUGCUGAGCUGAGCAGGUGUGACCCUGAGCACCGUGCCAGGAGUAAGCCCAGAACACUGCUGGGUGUGGCCCAGAAGCCAGAAAAGUGAAGUCUUUAAGGGUUAGAAAUAUAGUAUGUUUAAUUAUAUUCUGGGCUGGAACAAUAGCACAGCAGGUAGGGUGUUUGCCUUGCACGCGGCCGACCCGGGUUAGAGUCCUCCGCUCCUCUCGGAGAGCCCGGCAAGCUACUGAGAGUAUCUCGCCCUCACGACAGAGCCUGGCAAGCUACCUGUGGCGUAUUCCAUGUGCCAAAAACAAUAACAAGUCUCACAAUGGAGACGUUACUGGUGCCCACUCGAGCAAAUUGAUGAGCAACGGGAUGACAGUGACAGUGACGAUUACAUUUUAGGAUAUCAAUGUGGCUGUGUUUUAUGAAAUUAUAAAUUACUAGAGAUGCCAAAACUAUGUUUAAUUGUACUAGAUACUGAAUCAUGUUAUGCAGAACAGUCCCACACAUUAAAAUAUCUGAAAUAGAAUCCAGUGAAGGAGUUAUUAAAAUUUUGGAGGGAUGAAAGACCAUAGAUCUAUUUUAGCAGUAGAUAAGAUGAUGGUUUCCUUGGGAUGUGGCUCUGUGUAGACUUAUGUUUUUCAGGAGCCCUGGAUUCAGCUCCCAGCACCAGUUUUAAAAUAAAGCUGGGGCCAGAGUGAGUAGGGCUCUUGCUAGGGCUCUUGCCUCACCUUGUACCCGGCUGGCCCAGGUCUGAUCCCUGGCAUCUCAUAGUUCCCUGAGCACUGUCAAGAGUAAUUCCUGAGCAUCACCGGGUGUGGCCCCAAAACCACAAAUAAAAAGAAAACAGCUGCAUUUUGGGUUAUAGACAUUGCUUAUCAGACUUAGUGCAUCUUUGUAUGUAAAGGCCUGGGUUUGAUCCCCAGUACCCAAAAAGUAUGACCCCAAAAGUCCCCCCCCAAAAAAAACCAUAAUAUUUCACUGAACCCCCAAAGGCCUUUUGGUUAAGAAAAUAUUACUUUAAUUGGGAAUAGUGUAUGAAAAUGUUAAAUGAAAAUGCAAGAAAAUACAUAAUAUAGUAAAUGAUGUUGCUGUUAACCCUACUGAGAAGAAUACAAGAUGUGUACAUUCCUUUGUCUAUAAUUUUAGAAGUCAGGAAUUCUAAAUCCACUACUAAGUACUGCUUGAAUCCAGAGUGAAGAAUCUUAAGUUUGUUUACUCACAGGAAGAAAAACACAGGAAGAAGGAUGACUAUUAUAGAGAUGAUUUUAUAAGAGAUGUUUGGAAGGAUUAAGUACUCUUAAUAGGUAAUUGGAAAAGAUAAAACUAAAUUGGUUUAAGACAUUAAAAAUGAAUUUGAUAGGCAUUUAAGAAUAUAGAUGCAUUUAUAUAUUUUCUAUGAGUAAUAUAAUGAAUCUGAUUCUGAGGUACUCUAUUGUUUUCAUUUUUAUAAUAAACAGUAAAAUGAAAU